AUCGGGGCGGUGGCCGUGUACCUGGUGGUGGGCUACGGCGCGUCCCUGCUCUGCAACAUCAUCGGCUUCGGUUACCCGGCCUAUAUCUCAAUCAAGGCCAUUGAAAGUCCCAACAAAGAUGAUGACACACAGUGGCUGACUUACUGGGUUGUGUAUGGCGUUUUCAGCAUAGUAGAAUUCUUCUCUGAUAUCUUUCUGUCCUGGUUCCCUUUCUACUACAUGCUAAAGUGUGGCUUCCUGUUGUGGUGCAUGGCUCCAAGUCCUUCUAAUGGGGCAGAGUUUCUCUAUCAUCGAAUUAUCCGGCCUUUCUUCCUGAAGCACGAAGCUCAGCUUGACAGUGUUGUUAAAGACCUGAAAGACAAGGCUGCAGAAACUGCAGAUACCAUCACUAAAGAAGCCAAGAAAGCAACAGUGAACUUACUGGGUGAAGAAAAGAAAAGCACUUAAACUAUUAACUGGAUAAAGUUUCCCUACCACCUCCUUUAUGAAGCUUGAUGUUACUGGGAACUGUGGUGUAAUUGUAAUAAUAUUGCCUUGAAAACAUUUUGAUAUAUUAAAGGAAUGUGUUGUAAGUUUGCUGACUACUUUGCUGUGUCUGACAGAAAGUAAGCAUUUUUAUUUAAAAGCAAUUCAGUGGGCAGCAUCUGAAGCUUAAUGAAAAUAUUCUAUUCAUCUUCAUGCAGAAUAAAUCUUUCAGUAAUCUCCUUCUGCAGUAGCAUAAAUAAAAAGCAUAUAUCCCACAGGCUCUGCA